UCCCUAGUCCCCCCCACACUACUCUCAACAUCGCAAAACCUCUGCAACCCAACACACUAAACCCUCCAUCAAUGGCAACAUAACAUAACCCAGUUCAUUUUCUCUUCAACAAUUAUCACUCUCUAAACAUGGACCUCUCUUCUUCUUUAUUCAGCCAUCCAAAACCAAACUGUUCUUCUCUUUUUUCUGAUAACAUCUCUUUCUCUUCUUCAAUCUCUCCAUUUCCUCUCCAAAUUUGUCCUAAAACUCUAAAACUAACCAAACUCACCUCUCAAAAUUUGCGAAUUUUGGCUGUAGCAAUAGACCCACAACAAGAACAACCACAAAACAGCCCACAGAAACUUCUCAAAGAGCUUGCACAGAGGAAAAAAGUAACAUCUCCAAAGAAAAAAGUUCCCCCAAAACGGUUUAUUUUAAGACCACCACUAGACGACAAAAAACUAGCGGAUAGGUUUUUAAAAAGCCCACAACUGUCUCUAAAAUCCUUCCCUUUGUUAAGUUCUUGCUUGCCCUCUUCACGUCUUAACAAUGCUGACAAAACGUGGAUGGACGAGUACUUGCUUGAGGCGAAACAGGCUCUAGGUUAUUCUUUAGAGGCAUCUGAGGAAUUAGGAGAUGAUAAUCCAGCUAAGCAUUUUGAUACGUUGUUGUACCUGGCGUUUCAGCAUCCGGCAUGUGAGAGGACAAAGGCCAGGCACGUGAGGUCAGGGCAUUCAAGACUGUGUUUUUUGGGACAGUAUGUGCUUGAAUUGGCGUUUGCUGAGUAUUUUUUGCAAAGAUAUCCGAGAGAAUCGCCAGCUCCAAUGAGAGAAAGAGUGUUUGGAUUGAUUGGGAAGAGGAACUUGCCCAAGUGGAUUAAAGCUGCUAGGUUGCAGAAUUUGGUAUUUCCUUAUGAUGAUAUUGAUAAGCUCAUUAGGAAAGAGCGGGAACCGCCUUGCAAGUCUGUGUUCUGGGCUCUGUUCGGUGCUAUAUAUUUGUGCUUUGGUCUGCCAGAAGUUUAUCGUGUUCUUUUUGAAGUAUUUGGGAUGGAUCCAGAAGAUGAGGACUGUCAGCCAAAGUUAAGGCGGCAACUUGAAGAUGUAGAUUAUGUAUCUGUUGAAUUUGAAGGCAAAAAACUCAGUUGGCAAGAUGUUGCUGCUUAUAAGCCACCUGAAGAUGCUCUUUUUGCACAUCCAAGGCUUUUUAGGGCUUGUGUUCCACCUGGUAUGCAUCGGUUUCGAGGAAAUCUAUGGGAUUAUGACAGCAGACCACAAGUUACGCAAAUUCUGGGUUAUCCGUUGGCGGUAAAAGACAGGAUUCCAGAAAUUACCGAAGCCAGGAAUAUCGAACUUGGACUUGGGCUACAGCUUUGUUUCUUGCAUCCAUCAAAACACAAGUUUGAGCAUCCUCGGUUUUGCUAUGAGCGUCUGGAGUAUGUUGGCCAAAAAAUCCAGGACAUUGUAAUGGCUGAGAGGUUGCUGAUGAAGCAUCUAGAUGCUCCUGGACACUGGCUGCAGGAGAAGCACCGACGUAUUCUUAUGAACAAGUUCUGUGGGAGGUAUUUGAGGGAAAAGAAUCUCCAUCGAUUUAUAGCUUAUUCUGAACAGGUUCAAGAUGCAUAUGAACACAAUCGAAGACUGAGAAAUCCUGCCACUACUGCUGUUCAACAAGCCAUUCAUGGGCUUGCUUACACUGUUUAUGGAAAGCCAGAUGUAAGGCGCCUUAUGUUUGAGUUUUUUGAUUUUGAGCAAAUCCAACCUAAAGCUGUAUGAAUAUUUGAGAAAAUGGUGAAAGCAUUCCCCUCUCUUCCUUUUAACCUGGAAUUUUUUUCAGUGGAAUGUACCUGUAUUCACCAGCUUGUAUUAAAUUUUCAACCCAAAUUUUUCUUCUGAUU